AUGGGGAACGAGAAAACAAUAGUAGUGAUUGGAGCCGGUGUCCUUGGACUUACCACUGCGCUUAGCAUUCAACAAAGACUUGGACGCCCAUUUACAGUCCUGCUCAUUGCUCGGGAUUUCCCUGGUUCUACCUCUGUCAACUAUGCAUCACCAUGGGCUGGCGCUCACUAUCGACCAGUCCCAGGCCAAUCCCCACAAAUAGCCACGGAGGCGCAAUGGGCGAAAAGAACCUACGAAAGUUUUAAAAAGAUCGCCGCUGAAGAGCCUGCUGCAGGUGUCACCUUUUUAGAGGGUAUUGAACAUUUUGAAAACCCUCCUCCUGAGUACCUUGACGUCGUUGGAAAUCCGGAUAGUCCUUAUGCCCACCUAGAUGGACUUCACGAACUGUCAACGGAAGAACUACCUCCUGAUGUCAAGUUUGGCAUCCGUUAUUGGACCUAUUGUGUGAAUUCGCCAGUCUAUUGCGCCUACCUUCUACAACUCUGA